AUGGGGGGGAAGAUAUGGUUGUUUUGGGCGGCUGAGGUGGAUUUUCAGAUGACUGCUUGUUCAGAUCAAGCUAUUUCUGGUUGGUUUGUGUUUGGUUCAAGGCGUGUUUUCUCUUCGUUCGUGUAUGCUAGUUGUUUUCGGGAAAAAAGAUUGGAGUUAUGGGAUUAUCUUAGGCUACAAGACCUUCAGGGGCAACCUUGGUUCAUUGGGGGUGAUUUUAAUAUUAUUCGAGUGGAUAGUGAAAAGAUUGGGGGUCUUUUCAAGGCUCCUUGGGCUAAAGCUGACUUUAAUGAUUGGAUUAAUGAUUGUGCUUUAAUAGAGUCUCCUUCUUGCAGCAACAAACUAUCUUGGUGUAAUGGUCGGAAUGGAGGGUGGCAUAUUUGGGCUCGUUUGGAUCGUAUUUUUGUCAACAUGCAGUUUAUUACUUUGUUUGAGGGGUCGACUUACAGUUAUCUUCCUCGGUCAUCCUCGGAUCAUUCGCCUAUGUUGUUUCUUUUGUUUAAGAAGAAUAUUAAUAUUGUGAAGCCUUUUAGAUUUUUACGUAUGUGGGGAUCUCAUGAAGGGUUUCUAUCUUUGGUGGCGCAGAGUUGGGGGGAAAAUGUGGAGGGAUGUGCUAUGGUGAGGAUUAGUAGAAAAUUGAAAAGGUUGAAGUAUGAGCUGGAAAAAUGGAAUAGAGAAAUCUUUGGUCGAGUUGAGGUGGAGAUUAAUAAAAUCGAAAAUCAUAUUCUGUGCUCUGAGGAAGAUCUUGUAAGAAAUUUUUCAGUGCAGGUGGAAGAAGAGAUGCUACAAGUAAAAAAGGCUCAUUUGCAAUGGGUUAAUCGGGAGGAGAUGUUAGCUUGUUAA